CCACACUACUUCCUUGCUUCUUGCUCGUCCGGCUUGUCGGUGUGACCGGAGUUCCCUUCCGCUGACAGCCUGCUGUCACACAGCUAUCAUGUUAUCCCAUUCCCGGUGUCUCACCAGGAAGUUUGGCCGUUCCUUCUCUGUCAUCCACCAGGGGAGUAAUGCAUUAGCUCGUCGGUCCACGGCAGCUCUACCAGCUAGCCAUUCUAUCACUUUGAACAACCAUGUAAAAUCUGAUCCCCGGUCCAGCGUCUUCCAAAUCCAGUACUUCAGGACGUCUGUAGCCCACAGAGAUGAAGUUGUCACAGUCAAGACCCCUGCGUUUGCAGAAUCUGUAACAGAGGGAGACGUGAGGUGGGAGAAAGCUGUUGGAGAUAGCGUCUCGGAGGAUGAGGUGGUGUGUGAAAUUGAGACUGAUAAGACAUCAGUGCAGGUUCCCUCUCCUGCUUCUGGGGUGAUCGUGGAGCUUCUGGUCCCUGAUGGAGGGAAGGUCGAGGGAGGAACUGCGCUCUUCACACUUCGAAAAGGAGCUGUUGCUCCCAAAGCUGCAGAAGCUCCAGAAGCCGCUGCAGCCCCUCCACCACCUUCUGCUGCUCCCCCUCCACCGCCUCCCCCCUCAGCUGUGGGCCCCAUUCCCACCACUAUGCCCCCUGUGCCACCUGUGCCAGCACAUGCUAUGGACACCAAACCAGUUUCAGCCAUCAAGCUCACCGCCGCUCCUGCUGCACCGGCGGCUCAAGCUGAUGGAGCGACUAAAGGAGCCAGGACAGAGAGCAGGGUUAAGAUGAACCGCAUGCGAUUGAGAAUUGCCCAGAGACUGAAGGAAGCACAAAACACCUGCGCUAUGUUGACCACGUUUAAUGAGGUCGACAUGAGCAACCUCUCAGAGUUGAGGAAGACUUACAAAGAUGCCUUUCUGAAAAAGCACAAUGUCAAGUUGGGAUUCAUGUCUGCAUUUGUGAAGGCUGCUGCCUACGCUCUGGCUGACCAACCUUCUGUCAAUGCCGUAAUUGAUGACACAACCAAAGAGAUUGUGUACAGGGACUACGUCGACAUAAGUGUGGCUGUAGCCACCCCAAAGGGUCUGGUGGUUCCUGUAAUCCGAAGCGUUGAGGGAAUGAAUUUUACUGAUAUUGAGAAGGCCAUCAAUUUGAUGGGAGAAAAGGCUCGUAAGAAUGAGCUGGCUGUCGAGGACAUGGACGGAGGAACCUUCACUAUCAGCAAUGGUGGCGUGUUUGGGUCCAUGUUCGGCACACCUAUAAUCAAUCCACCACAGUCUGCCAUUUUAGGCAUGCAUGGCAUCUUUGACAGGCCCGUAGCAAUCGGUGGCAAGGUGGAGAUCCGUCCCAUGAUGUAUGUUGCCCUGACCUACGACCAUCGUCUUAUUGAUGGAAGAGAGGCCGUCACUUUCCUGCGCAAGAUCAAGUCAGUGGUGGAGGACCCCAGGAUGAUGCUCCUUGACAUGUAAACAAACCACCAGACACAAACAGUGGCUGUACUCGCCCGGUGAACAUUACCCUAACUGCAGUUGUUGUAUUGUUUAACUAUAAAAAGAGAUUUUUGGAGAACAUUUGAGUAGUACGAUGGACAUUUGUAAGGCUGGCAGUGAUGAAGAGUUUGGUGCUGUUGUGGAGAAAUGUCUGGGUGCUGGUCUCGAGAUCAAAAAAAAGGAUACUCCAUCUAUUCGUAUGCACCAUAUCAUUGUCUACGUGCAACUGAAAAAAUCUCAACUCCUUGUGAGAUGAAUGACAAAGGUAGAAAAACUAACUGGUAUAAUGUAAUUACUUUCGGUGAGAGAAGAACAACGAGCACUUAUUGGGCCAGAAACCAAGAAACACUAUGUUCUAAAAAUGUCCAAAGAGAAGAAAUCCUCUGAGAAUAUAUGCCAUGUGUUUCACAACUAAUAAGGACACUUCUCCUUAUGCUGUUUAAGACUAUUUAGGAAAAAAUAAAGGUUUAAACAAUAAAAGUUGCAAUACUCUA